UCCAUCAUCACCCGCGGAAGUUUGUAGAGGGAAUCAGAGUAUUGUCAGUUAUUUUAAAAAAUGCAAUUUUCGGCACGAAGUCUGUCGUUCCGCGUGUUGCCUCGAGAAUGAGACAAAAAAGAAAAUGAAUUUUUAAAGGAUGAAUUUUGCGUCGAGAACAGCAAAGCUCACAUGAAGUGCUAGCACCUUACAGCUAAUAGUAUUGUGUAGCUCGUUGUUAAUUUGGUUUAUUUUUGUAUCGGUCAACUUGAUAAACAGCCUAGGAAAACUAUUUUAGCUGAAGUUUAGCAGCUGGCCUGCUUUUAUGAUAAAGUUAGUGUCAGCAGUAUUUUAUAUUGACAGGUGUGUUUAUUUUUGUUUUGAUUAGCAUGCUAAGCUAGUUUGCGGCGCGAGCUGGCAUUCAUCAUUUUGGAUUUACAUCUAAUCAACAUCACCCUUCAUACAUCGUCAUUAUAGUGUCAUUUACUGUCAUCUUCACACGGCAAGGACCGUAUCAAAACAGAGGUUCAUCAUGCUGGGAGAGUGUGGCAUGAAAGAAUGGGAGAGACGAGUGCUCAGGAAGAACUCUGUCACAAUUCUGCAGGACUUGGUGGUGGAUGAUCUGCUGAUCCAGUGUCUACAACAAGAUGGAAUUCUUACAGAAAACAUGGCUGAAACCAUUAUGGCUAAACCGACAUCCCAGGGCAAGAGUCGUCAUUUGUUGUUUCUUUUGCCUAAACGUGGCCCUCAAGCUUUUAGCAGCUUCUGUGCUGCUCUUACGGCGACAGAGCAACAGCACCUCAGCAGACUGCUCAUGGACUUCACAGAGAAAGACAAAAGCUUUUCAGAGCCCUCACUGUCUCGUCCAACUCAGGAAUGUGUUAUACCUGUGAAAAGAGCCCGGACUCAUGAGUCCAUGGAGAUGUGUUUGGAUGCCGACUCUCCCGUGACCACGGCUGUUGUUCCCUGUAUGCCGGAAUUUUUCCAGUCCCAUAGAUCACAGGCGUACCCGAUGCGCUCCUGUCCGCGAGGGCUGGCCCUGGUGUUGAGUAAUGUGAGGUUUGACUCAGCUAACACUGAUUUAGAUGUCCGGAGGGGAGGAGAGGUGGAUGAGGAGACGCUGAGGAGACUCUUUAUGGAGCUGGAUUUCACAGUCAGCCUGCACAAAGACCUAACGGCGGUGGCAAUGCGCAGGUGCCUAGAACAGUUUGCCCAGCGGCAGGAGCAUGCAGAGUAUGACUGCACUGUUGUGUGUUUACUGUCACAUGGAGUUGAGGGAUCUGUCUACGGCACUGAUGGACAGCUGCUGGAGUUGGACUGGGUGUUUGAGGUUUUUGAUAACGCCCGCUGCCCUCUGCUCCAGAAUAAGCCAAAGAUGUUCUUCAUUCAGGCUUGUCGAGGAGAGGAGAUGGACAACGGCGUGGACCAGUUGGAUGGGCAGGAACGGACUCAAUCUCCAGGCUGUGAACAGAGGGAUGCUGGCAGAGAGGGGGAGAGAGACGACAAAGAGAGGGAGGAGAAAGACAGGGAGAGACUGAGAGUCAAACUGCCCCAGAGAUCCGACAUGAUCUGCGGCUUUGCCACCCUCAAAGGUUUCAGCACUGCUGCAAUGAGAAACACCAAGAAAGGGUCCUGGUUCAUUCAGGAACUGAACACCACAAUCAGACAGAGAGCCAACGACACACACCUGGCAGACAUACUUGUGCAGGUGAAUGGUCAAAUUAAAAGCAGAGAGGGAUACGCACCUGGUUCAGCCCAUCAUCGCUGUAAAGAGAUGUCAGAGUUCACCAGUUCCCUCUGUAAAGACCUCUACCUCUUCCCUAAGUACUACCCCAACAACUAGACACACACACACACACACACACUCCCCAGGCACGAAGCACACACAGAACACACUGCCCUCAGAACUGCAGUAGUGGGAGCUCAGCGCACGUGUGUGUGUACAUCCAUCACCUGCUGCAAGCUCAGCACACAACACACAGAGUCAUGUAAAUCUAUUUACACCCAGUCCAUGUGUCAUCUGUUUCACAUUCCUCAGCACAAUGACAGGUUCAUAGGAUGCGUGUGUUAUUUACAGUGGAUUUGCCAAGAUAGAUCAGAUUUUUUUAAACUUCUUGGGUGCACUUAGAAAAUGCAUUAUCACAAACAUUCUCCAUUAAAUCUUUUUUUUUGCCUUGCUCUUAACUUU